GAAAAACAUAUUGACCACAUACAACAUCGCUUUCCAACCCACUCAGUUAUUCAGACCACUGAAGCUUUCAUGAAAUAUCUUUACAACCAACCUUAUUCAUCAUAGGUUGGAUUGGUCACCACUCACAUUUGUAUCCAGCCAUCGAAGCAUCAUCAUCGUAUUUGUGGGUCUUCGGUCUCCUCAUCUGAGAGCUGACAAAUCGACAGCCAUCAUCAGCUUCGUCUGGCACAGAAGAUGAGUUCCAUUCUUGAGAGCGAGCAUCAAUGCAGUGGAGCCAGUGAUGAAGAAUUGGAACUAUACGCCCGCAUCAACUGGUGGACAGAGGGGGUGUUUCAAAUGAUCAUUUCCUUGAUCGGGUUGUGCGGCAACUCGAUCUCUAUUUGGAUACUAUGCUCCAAAGCCAUGCAAAGUAUCUUCAACCGCCUCCUGAUCGUCUUGGCCAUAUUUGACAACAUGUACCUGAUCUUCAGUGUGCUGGAUAGUAUUCGUCAUGAGCACGGGACUGUGAAUGUCCACUAUUAUCUGUUCGCGAACGUCCUGUACCCGCUGCACAACGCCAGUCUCACGGGCUCCAUCUAUAUGACGGUAGUGUUGGCUUUUGAACGGUAUUUGGCCGUGUCUCACCCGAUAUCCUACCAUAACUCGGUGAACAGUGGCCCCCAUUGGAUCCGAAUCACUCGUUACGUGUUGCCCGUGCUGAUCUUUUCAGUCUUGUUCAAUCUUCCCAAGUUCUUCGAACUCCACGCCUACGAAAGCGCCAGUCAACGGACGGUUCUCUUGGGAAAUGGAUCCCUCGUCAAUCAAACUCUUUUGAACGUUCAGAUUGCUCCGACGUCCUUGAGACUCAACGAGGACUACAUCUUUUACUAUCAAAAUAACGCUCGCCUUCUGGUGACCGCCAUUGUCCCAUUCUUCGCGCUUCUGAUCUUCAACUACGGAAUCUAUCAGGCUGUUGGACGACGCAAGCACGGGCUGAAUCAAGUCCGAGGAGGCAACAACAACAACAACCAAUCUUUGCAAACAAACGCCGCCGAGGAGAAUCGUCAAGCUAUCAUGCUCUUUGCGAUCGUGAUCUUCUUCCUGAUUUUCAAUUUGCCGAGAAAUUUCCUUAGUCUCAAUGAGGUCUUGUCGUUCGCCCAAGUCAAGGAGGAUUACAUGCGAGGUUGCAAAGGCCUGGCUUUGUGGAUUCUCCUGGUGGGCACUCUGUCUCACCUGCUGCUGGUGGUGAAUUCGUCGAUGAACUUCUUUUUGUAUUGCGGAAUGUCAACUACAUUCCGGAAGGAGCUUAAGCACAGAUUGUGCCCAAGACCACCACGGCAUUCCAGGGCCGAUUUCAAUCUGCGCAUUCCUCGCACUCAAGACCAAGGAACACCCAGCGGAGUGCUUUUAACGAACCUCUAGUGAGAUAUGCAAGACGUUCGUUAAUACGUAUACAUCUUACCCACCUUACACUCCUCGAUCUUUGAUUGUGAAAAGUUGGGAGUGCUGAUUUGCCACUGUCAAGGUUAAGGAACUGAUUUCUGGAACAAAACUGAAUGUAGGAUCAAGCUCAUCUGGUACGCUACAUCUCGUACCCAGUGCAGUAGGAGUUGCAUAGGGUGUUCCAAAAUUGACAGCGUUGAGUUCCCCCUUGCAAAUUGAAGCAUUUCAGGCUUCGGCUCUUUAAUUCACGAAACGUAUGUAAAGAACUUCAAUUCAUUGGGUGAAAAUUGGCCUCUCUGAAGGCCAACUGAACACAGCCAACGAUUACGCGAUUGAAGUUUCAAAAUGUCAAAAAGUAAUGCAAGGUUGCCAUCUCGUAUAAGCUGUUUUUUAAUAGACAUGGUGGAAAUUUGUCAUGCUAAGUUACGCACAAUCCGUUAGGCGCAAAAUACGGUCACCUUUUGUACGGGUCCCAUCCUUCACCAAUGUGGUUUGUCAUUGCCUCCAAUCAAUGGAUUAUUGUUGUGAUUCAAUCACACGUCCAAUUUCCGCUUUUAAUUAUCCUUUCAAAAACUUGUGAGCAAAGUAAAUUACCAAUUUGAAGGGCUUCUGUGAAAAGAAGGGGUAGAUGAAAAACGGAGAGAGAACGGGAGAUGGCAAGAGGCGCUGAACCCCUCAAUCGAUUUUGCCCCCGAAUUAUAAUUUUCACUGGAGCCGAACUAGCAUGGGUGUAGCCUUUAAUGCCAUGAGACUAUGAAAAAAAAUUUGGGCUUGCAGUAGAAAUACCUUUGUCACAGAAACAAAAAAAAUGAGCUUGAAUUUUAAGCCCUAAAACCGAGAAAAAAAAUGUGAUAUUCUGUGAAUAAGACAAUCUCCCGAGUGACAUUUCGACAUCGGUAGAAGAAAUCGGAGAGGAUAAUAAGCCAGUAAACCCGAGCAAGUUUCUCGACUCGUCGAGCGCCCUCCAGUAAAGUUGGAUGAACAAUCCAGCAGUGCACGUCAGGAAGCAUCUUUGUGUGGAUAAUGAAAAACUGAAAUCUUUUUUGGUAGUACAGAACAUUUGGAAAUAAAUCGUAUGGUGUUAUUGAAGGCCGUAUCGCCGCUUUGCUGAUGUGGUAAACUCGUUUUCAAGCGAAGGCACCAACAUCUGUAACCAAUUCGUUUUACGUUUUUAUUGGAAAUGCAUCGAUUACGACGUAUUGCGUGGCUGGCACUCAAUGGAUUAGACUCUCAAGAACCGGCAAUUGCGAGGCAUAGCCGAAUCGCGCUAGCCUCAUAGGACUUUGGGGAUCCUUGAGGAAAAACCAUUCUGCAUCCUCGUCAUUUUCGUUCGUUAGCAUUUGCGAGUAAUUCGAAUAUGUGGUUGUCAAUUCCACAUUUCUGACAGAGCCAAAGAAGUCCGUUAUAGGCACCUUGUAUGGA